CUUAACCUCAGCUCUAUCGUCAGUUACAAGGCAACACCAGAUCAACAUCAUCAAUCACCAACUCCGAAUUCCAUCUCCACCAUCUCUGCGCAUCAAGAAAGAUCACCAAGACCUUACUUAAACCUUCCGUCACAUAGGCGGUAAUUAUGGCUGCCAUGUUCAGCCAGAACCCUCUGAUGAAUGGGCCCAACUAUUCAUUCUCCGAUGCCCCCAAGACCAACAGCGGCGAGUUUCGAGAACAUCGAUUUAACCCCUACACCGACAAUGGCGGCUCGACUCUUGCCAUUGCUGGCGCAGACUUUACCAUCAUGGCUGGUGACACCCGCCACACCAGCGGUUAUAGCAUCAACUCUCGCAUGUCCCCCAAGGUCUUCCGAAUCGGCGGCACCACUGCCUCUCAGGAGGAUGCUACACUAGUCCUAUCUGUCGUCGGCUUCGCUGCUGAUGGUGAGGCCCUCCGCGACCACCUCGACACCAUCUGCAAGAUCUACCGUUACCGCCACGGCAAGCCUAUGACUGUCAAUGCUUGUGCCAAACGCCUCUCUACCGUUCUCUACUCGAAGCGAUUCUUCCCCUACUACUCGCAUGCGAUGCUCGGCGGUCUGGAUGAGGAGGGCAGAGGCGCUGUGUACUCAUACGAUCCCGUGGGGAGCUACGAACGGGAGCAGUGCCGAGCAGGCGGUGCUGCGGGCAGUCUGAUCAUGCCUUUCCUGGACAACCAGGUCAACUUCAAGAACCAGUAUAUUCCCGGAAGCGGAGAAGGGCAUGAGCUGAAGGAGCGGGAGCGACGUCCUCUUACACGAACAGAGGUCGAGACUGUCGUCAAGGAUGCAUUCGAUGGUGCGGUGGAGCGUCACAUUGAGGUUGGCGAUAACCUUCAAAUGCUCAUCAUCACAGCAGACGGUAUUGAGGAGACUUUCUUGCCCUUGAAGAAGGAUUAGAUGGCAGGAAAGGCGAAAGAGGAAUGUAUAACAGGGGAUUACUUAGACGCCACGAAAUCAAUGAGCCUUCCUUACGGUCAACUGCGGGGCAUAAUUGUGGUGUGAUGAAUAUGAAAAUGAUACCGAGUCGCUUCAACGACAAAAGAGAACGUC